UCCGCCAGGCUCCAGCUGGCAUAUAAAUAUAACCGCUCCAAACACUUGUGCUAUGUCAUCAAUACCGAUUUUUCCCAAUUCCAAUUCCAAUUCCAAACAAGUGAAAAACAACAAAUACUACUGAUUUUCUCUUCCCCAUGGCCAUCGCUCACGCUUUCUUCUCUUCAUCCCUCACUCCCCUUCGAUCUAGGGUUUCCGAUUUCGAUUCCACCCCUCAAAUUUCCCAUCUCGAGCCCUCCAAGUUCUCCCCAAUUCGCCAUGGGUUUUCUCAACAAGCUCGAUUCAUUUUCUUCAGGAAAAAGGAUACUGUGCAUGCUUCCGUUGAUGGUGUGGAUUCAAUGGGUACAACCUCAUUGAUGUCUGAUCAGGAUGCCGAUUAUGUUCCAAUGCCAAUAGUCCUGAUAGAUCAAGAUUCAGAUUCUGAUGCAACUAUUGUGCAAGUUAGUUUUGGAGAUCGCCUUGGUGCUCUUAUUGACACGAUGAAGGCAUUAAAAGAUUUAGGCUUGGAUGUGGCAAAGGGAACUGUUACCACUGAGGGAUCAGUGACACAAACAAAGUUUUUUAUUACACGAUUAAUCACUGGACGCAAAGUUGAAGAUCCUGAUUUAUUGGAGAGAAUUCGGCUCACCAUUAUCAACAACCUUCUGAAGUAUCAUCCAGAGUCUAGCGAGCAACUUGCCAUGGGUGAGGCUUUUGGAAUAAAAGCUCCAACAAAGAAGCUUGAUGUUGAUAUUGCAACCCACAUACAUGUCAAGGAUGAUGGACCUAAAAGGAGCUUGUUAUAUAUAGAGACAGCAGAUCGACCUGGGUUGCUGCUUGAGAUCAUCAAAAUUAUGGCUGAUAUAAACAUUAAUGUUGAGUCAGCAGAGAUCGAUACUGAAGGUUUGGUUGCCAAAGAUACGUUUCAUGUCAGCUACAGAGGGGCUGCAUUAAAUAGUUCCUUGUCCCAGGUGUUGACAAAUUGUCUGCGUUACUACCUUCGAAGACCAGAAACAGAUGAAGACAGUUACUAACACUUGGGGAAGUGCAGUGUACGAUUUUCUGUACCAAAUCAUUCUGUGGACUCGAGUCGCCUGUUGAGUUUUCUUGUAACAAGAUACCGAGUUCAUGUUCCUUGCUAGAUACAGUGUUCCUCAACAUUAAAUAAACACAGUCGAAAACUAGUUGUGUGCACUUUAUUUUUGUUCCGUCAAUGUUUUGCAAUAUAGUUACCUUCAAGAAAAUGUUUACAUAUGGCUGGUUUGUUGGAAUAGCUGGAUUUGGAAAAGGCCAGAUAAAAGUGUUCUUUUUCUUCUUCUUUCUUAUUAAUUUUUACUUUUAUCAUUUCGGAAUGAA